AACUCAUAAAGAGAGGGUGCCGUGAACGCAACGUUUAUUUUUGGUGCCUUGACAUUAGAGCUCCUCUGUCAUGGCAGCGACCCCACCAUGAUGUUGGCUGUUAUUCGUCCUCUUCGUCUCAAUGAUGGAUAACCUUUAUAGGAGGGACUGAGCCAGGACGGAACACGAGUGCAAGCAAAGAGCUGUCGAUCACUCCAUCAUGACAAAAGAAGACGAGAUCCCUGACUGGGUGGGGGCCCAGGAGUUCUAUGACACGUAUGAGCCCAAGGAGAUUUUGGGAAGGGGAGUAAGCAGUGUUGUGCGUCGUUGUGUCGACAAACGGACGUCGCAGGAGUACGCCGUGAAGAUCAUCGACAUAACCCCUUCAGAUAAGAUGACUCCGCAGGAGAUCGAGGAGCUCAGGGAUUCCACAUUGAAGGAGAUUGAUAUACUCAAGAAAGUCUUUGGGCAGGAGAACAUCAUACAACUAAAAGACUGCUAUGAAUCCAAAGCCUUCUUCUUCUUGGUUUUUGACCUGAUGAAGAAGGGGGAACUCUUUGACUACCUCACAGAGAGAGUUACUCUGAGUGAGAAGGAAACAAGGAAGAUCAUGCGUGCUCUGCUAGAAGUGGUCCACUUUCUCCACAACCAGAACAUUGUCCAUCGAGAUCUGAAGCCUGAGAACAUUCUUCUGGAUGACCAGACCAACAUCAAACUCACCGACUUUGGCUUUGCUGUGCAAAUCCAAUCAGGACAGAAACUCAAAGAGGUGUGCGGGACUCCUGUUUAUCUCGCUCCUGAGAUUAUUCAGUGCUCCAUGGACCCUGGCCAUGAGGGAUACGGAACUGCUGUGGACAUAUGGAGUGCAGGGGUGAUCAUGUACACGCUCCUCGCCGGCUCUCCACCUUUCUGGCACAGGAAACAGAUGCUGAUGCUGCGUAUGAUCUUAGAAGGGAAUUACGACUUCUCAUCGCCCGAAUGGGACGACCGCUCAGACACUGUCAAAGAUUUGAUAUCUCGGAUGCUUGUGGUCGACCCCAGGCAGCGUUACACAGCCAUCGACGCCCUGAACCAUUCGUUCUUCUCCCAGUACGUUGUGGACGAGGUCAGGCAGUUCAGUCCAUACAGGAAAUUCAAGGUCAUCUGUAUGACUGUACUGGCCACCAUGCGCAUCUACUGUAACUACCGCAGAGCAAAGCCCAUCACCAAGGAGGUGAUCAAGAGCGAUCCAUACGCACUCAAGCCUAUUCGCAAGCUCAUUGACGCGUGCGCCUUCAAGAUCUAUGGCCACUGGGUCAAGAAGGGCCAGACGCAGAACAGAGCGGCACUUUUCGAGAACACUCCCAAAGCCAUCCUGCUGUCGAUAGCUGCCGAGGCAGACGAGCCUGUCCAUCACAUCUGGUAAUGACAAGCUGGUCAUCUGAGCUGUGCUGUUGAGAGAAUUGUAUGGGGAAAAAAUGGCGAGUUACCAACCACUUAAAUUGGCCUAAACAAUACAAAUGUCAAGUCAUUCAUUUAAAAAACAAAUAUGGACAUACAAUACUCAAAAACUUUACAAUAAGGAUUGAGCCAAUGCAAAUGUUUUUGUAAUAGUAUGAAAAAUGCCAUGAGUUUGUUGGGGAAACCUACAUUAAAACUUAUGAGUCAAAAUGUAUGUCGACUUAAGCCAUUACAGUAUUAUCGAGCCAACCACUGCAUUGUGUAUUUAUGGCUUUCAUUGAUUGAUAUGAAAUGUCUUUUUAAAGUAAAUAUAAGUGUUACCAUGUCUUUUCAUUGCUUUACAUUUCCAUGGUUUGAUUCAGCCAUCAAAGCGCAUUUUAAAAUGAAUAUCAAAAGGCAUUAUAUUAUGCAAUUCUAUGCAAACACAUGGACUCUGCUGCCGUAAUGUCACUUAAAUCAACUUAAAGGAUGUUGUGACAUCUCUGCGUGAGCAAAGCUUCAGGCACUACCAUGGCAACACUGCUCCAAUUGAUAACAGGAGUGUCUCAAUGCUCCAACUGCACAGAGAUGACAUACAACCAUAAAAAU